AAAGAGUUUUAUUAAGGGAGUCUCAAAUGUUACAAAAAAGGGAGUUUCAAAUAAUUCACUAUAGCAAUUUAGCAAACCUAAAAGUAUCCCACCUGACGCGUUUGUAUUAAAAUCUGUAUAAGGAAAAUAACAUUAUUAACUCAUGUGACUUGAAUUAAAAUUUCCACACAAAUAAUAAAUUUCAAAAAGGAGAAAAAUGGAAAAAGUGAAUGAGUCCAAAGCAUGAAAGUCGAAGCAAAGACUUCUACAUAUAUGAAAGCAGAGAAUGAGAGUUGAAGCACUUCAAAGCUUUACUUUCAGCUCAUCUCCUCUCUCUAAAAAAAACAGUUUUAUUUGGAUGGACAAGACACAACUAAAACAACAAGAACUGACUCAAGAACAGAUCAUGGAGUUUAAAGAGGCGUUUUGUCUGUUCGACAAAGAUGGAGAUGGUUGCAUCACUGCUGAUGAGCUUGCCACUGUGAUCCGCUCGUUGGAUCAGAAUCCGACCGAACAAGAGCUUCAAGAUAUGAUCAAUGAGAUCGACUCCGAUGGUAACGGCACCAUCGAAUUCUCUGAGUUCCUCAACCUCAUGGCCAACAAAAUCCAGGAAACUGAUGCAGAUGAGGAGCUUAAAGAAGCAUUCAAAGUGUUUGACAAAGACCAAAAUGGCUACAUCUCGGCCAGCGAGUUGAGGCAUGUGAUGAUCAAUCUUGGGGAGAAGCUAACCGAUGAAGAAGUCGCUCAAAUGAUAAAGGAGGCAGAUUUGGAUGGUGAUGGUCAAGUCAAUUAUGAUGAAUUUGUGAGGAUGAUGAUGACAAGCGGUUAAAUUGGAAAAACAAUGUUACCACCUGAUAAUUUAUUAUCUUUUAUAAAUUUAUCAAUCUUUUUUUUUCUUUUUCUUCUUCAGAAUACCAUAUUUUCCUUUUCCAAAUUAAUUUAAUUUAAGCUUUUCAUAUCUGAUCGACGUAGUAAGUUUCUGUUUAUCUGAAUUAUUAUUUGUGUAUCUGGUGUAUAGUAUAUUUAUUUAGCUUUUUGUUGAAAAAGUCAAUCAGAUUGAGUGUAUA